UGUGUGUGUGUGUUGUGGUGAGCGGUGGAGGUCCCAAAGGAGAACUGGAUGCUCUGAGAUGCGCUGGCCGCUCGCAGCGCAAACGGCUUCUCCAGUGAAGCUCGCUCCCCAGCUCCCCUCAGUAGCGAGGGGAGGAGUGUGUGUGUUUGUGUAUGUGUGUGUGUGUGUGUGUGUGUGUGUGUGUGUGUGUGUGGGAGCGUAAGCGCGAUGUCAUUGAGCGUCUCCAAAAGGAGCGGCGCAGUUGACUCAGUUGAGCCUGCGCUGGUCCUCACACACUCACUCCUCUCACAUGCAAACACACACACGCUCACACACCCAGGCAUUCAGUCACACAGCUGCUGCUACGGAGCGCGGAGGAGUUACAGAGAGACGGAGGGAGGAGAGAGAGCAAGAGAAGGGACAGGCAGCACCAGCAAAGAGAGAGAGAGAAGAAGAAAGAGGGAGAGAGAGAAGCAGGCAGGGAGGGGUGGAUUGAUGCUGUCACACUUUCACACCUAAUGUCUACGUUGGGAUAGAGAGAUUUGAUGUCCGAGGAGGCAGGGUUGGAUGUGAGAGGCAGCAGCGAGGAGAGAAGCAGCCAGGCGCCCAGAGACCCAGAAAGCGAGAGGGCACCAGAGUCCACCCUGAGCGGCACCGCCAACACCCCGACUACCACCUCUACCAGCAGCAUCACCUCCAACCAGCACCACAACAACAGCGCUAGCCCCACAGCCGUCUCCAGCAGUAGCAGUAGCGGUGGCUCCAGUGGUGCCAUAGGUGUUAGCAUAGUUAGCCGCAGCGCUAAGGGAGCAGAGGGGAGGUCCUCCAUGCAGUUCAGCACCAGACCUCCCAGUGCUGAGCCUGGCUUCAUGGGGACAUGGCAGCAACAGAGCACUGACCAGAGCAACCUCCUCUUCAGAAUGUCCCAGCAGGCGGGUGCUGUAACGCGGCUUCCUCUGAAGUGCGACAGGUCGACUAUGGGCCGAGACCUUACAGACGAGGCCAUUCGCUGCACUCUGGUGAACUGCACCUGUGAGUGUUUCCAGCCAGGAAAGAUCCACCUGCGUACAUGUGACCAGUGCAAGCACGGCUGGGUGGCUCACGCACUGGACAAGCUGAGCACGCAGCACCUGUACCACCCCACCCAGGUGGAGAUAGUUCAGUCCAACGUGGUGUUUGACAUCAGCAGCCUGAUGCUGUACGGGACCCAGGCGGUGCCGGUCAGACUGAAGAUCCUGCUGGACCGUCUGUUCAGUGUUCUGAAGCAGGAGGAGGUGCUCCACAUACUGCACGGCCUGGGCUGGACCCUGAGGGACUAUGUCAGGGGAUACAUACUGCAGGAUGCUGCGGGCAAGGUGCUGGACCGCUGGUCCAUUAUGUCUCGGGAAGAGGAGAUCAUCACCCUGCAGCAGUUCCUUCGUUUCGGAGAGACCAAGUCCAUCGUGGAGCUGAUGGCCAUCCAGGAGAAGGAGGGUCAGGCGGUCACCGUGCCCUCCUCCAAGACCGACUCAGGCAUCCGGACGUUCAUUGAGAGCAACAGCACAGGACGCGGUCGAAGCCCAGGCCUCCUCAACCACAUGGAGACCAGCAGCCCGUCCAGCAUCCACCACUUUGAGAACAUCCCUAACAGUCUCGCCUUCCUUCUGCCGUUCCAGUACAUCAACCCUGUGUCGGCCCCCAUGCUGGGCCUGCCCCCCAAUGGCCUGGCACUGGAGCAGUCGGGCCUCCGGAGCCUCCACGACCGGGAUCGCGAGGCCAGCCUACCCAACCAGGGCGAGCCGGUGGAGAGCAGCGAGUCCGAAGUAUCCCUCAGCCCUUUUCGCAGCAGCGGUCAGAGCCCCAGCCGCAUCGGAGCCCUGGGGGGCAUGAACAACGCCAUCGAGCCCAAACAGGAGCCCAACAACCGGGCAUCACCUAUCUCGCCCACUCCUUCCAACCAGCCGUCCCAGCAGCAGACGGAACAACAGCAGCAAGGCCAGCAGCAGCAAGGCCAGGGGCAACCCGGGACCCCACGGCCUAGGUCCAACUCCCUCAACGACCACCAGGCCCACCACCACUUUGUGAAGAGCGAACAGUCCAAGAGCAUUACCCACUCAUCCUUCUCCUCCAAGAUGCACCGCAUGCGCCGCAUGGGAGCCACCUCACGCAAGGGCCGUGUGUGCUGCAACUCGUGCGGCAAGACCUUCUACGACAAAGGUACGCUGAAGAUCCACUACAACGCCGUACACCUCAAGAUCAAACACCGCUGCACCAUCGAGGGCUGCAACAUGGUGUUCAGCUCGCUGCGCAGCCGCAACCGCCACAGCGCCAACCCCAACCCACGCCUGCACAUGCCCAUGCUGAGGAACAACCGCGACAAGGACCUCAUCCGUGGGUCGGGCCCCGGCACGCCCGUCAUCUCCAGCGCCAAGAGCGGCUUCACCCUCACCAGUCCCGGACGGCCGCCUCUGGGCUUCGCCACCCCACCCCUGGACCCCAUGCUCCAGUCACCCCUGCAGAGCCCACUGGUCUUCCCCUCCCUGAAGUCGGUGCAGCCCAUCCAGCCGGUGCCCCCUUUCUACCGUACGCUGCUGUCCCCACAGCACCUGGUCAGUCCUCCAGUGUCACUGCCCACCAGCCCCAUCCUGCCCUCCACCACCAACAGCACCUCUCUGAUGGACCAGCAGCAUCAGCUCCUGGCUGCCGCCGCAGCCGCAGCCUCCCACAACGCCCACAAUAUGUCUUCUGAAGGUGGGCUAAUGUCCCACCACAGGCUGCCCACCCCCAGUAUCCCCCAGCAGGAUCCAGCUGCUGCCACCAACACGGACCCCACCCCCAAGAAGAAGCCCCGUAAGUCCAGCAUGCCGGUGAAGAUCGAGAAGGAGGUGAUUGACGUGGCGGACGAGUACGAUGAGGACAAAGACGACGAUGAUGACGACAGCUGUCACCACCACCACCACCACCACCACCCCUCCUCCCACCUCCACCACAACAACAUCAAUGGAAACCGCAACAACAACAACAACAACAGCAGAGGAGGGAACAACAACGGCCACCACAGCGGCGGCAGCGGGCACCAGUCCCCCUCCCAGGAUGAGAUGAGCCCAGGCCUGAUGAGGGGACACCUGAUGAGGCACGACCAGGACGACUGCCGGGGGGAGGGACCCGGAGGCGAGGGCGGCAGGGGCGAGAGAGGAGGCCCAGGCGGUGAGCUCCGCUGCAUGGACAGCUUCACCUCCGAGGACCAGGACCACGAGAGAGACUUUGAGAACGAUUCUGAGACUUCGGACUCCAAGAUGUUCUACCGUGAGGAGAUGAUGGAGGUAGAGGAGCAGCACCAGAGGCUGAGGCUCAACUCCUCCAGGAGCUCCAGAGUAGGAGGAGGCAACAACCUGGAAAAGGACCAGGAGGACCUGGAGGCCAGAGAUGAGGAGGCGCAGCUGAGGAAGGAGAUGGAAGACCCCAAGAGCCGCUCCUCACCCUCACCCCACCAGCCCGCCAUCAAGAUUAAGGAGGAGCUCAAUGACCCCACCUACGACAUGUUCUGCAUGAGCCAGUACGGCCUCUACAACGGGGGCAUGGCGGCUGCAGCAGCCGCCGCCGCCAGCAUGGCUGCCCUUCACGAGAGCUUCAUCUCCUCCAUGAGCUACGGCGCCAGCCCGCCCAAGUUCCCCUCCUCGCACUCCCCCGAGGGAGAACUGUGCACCAGCCCCAACUCCAACGACCCCAAGAUCUGCUACGUGUGCAAGAAGAGCUUCAAGAGCUCCUACAGUGUCAAACUGCACUACAAGAACGUGCACCUCAAAGAGAUGCACGUGUGCACCGUGUCCGGCUGCAACGCCGCCUUCCCCUCCCGACGGAGCAGAGACAGGCACAGCUCCAACAUCAACCUGCAUCGCAAACUGCUUACCAAAGAGCUGGACGACAUUGUCCUGGACCCCCAACUCACACCGCUGCCCAAGGACCUGCGCGCCGAGUUCCUGGCUAAGAUCUACGCCGGGCACCACUUGGGCCUGGACGCCAUGGCAGGGGCGGGCAUUGGCGGCGCCAGCCUGGGGGGAGGAGGGCUGAACCGUGACGCCAGCUCCCCGGCAGGCACCGAUUACCCCCACCACCACCCCCUAAACCAUCACCACCACCACCCCCUCCACCACCCCCUCACCAACGGCUUCUACCACCGCAGUGGCCCCCCAGACGACUACAUGGUGCUGGACCUGAGUACCGCGUCCAGCGUUCAGUCCAGCGGGUCAGUCCAUUCAUCACGCCAGUCGGACGAGGGCAGCGACGAGGGCAUCCUAUUGGAUGACCUGGAGGAGGGGGUGGAGGAGGGAGGGGUCAGCGACGGGGAGGACUGCUCCCAGCAUGCCCCGGGGCAGGCAGGGGCCGGGAGGCGGCGGGACCAGGUCGGCGAGGGAGGAGUCGGAGGAAGAUCGGAAGAAGGUCUGAACGGCGCCGACCCCUCCUCCUCGCCGACCGUCCUGUCUUCCACCGGUGGCAGUGGUGGGAUCCUGUGCAGCAUCUGCCACAAAGUGUACAGCAACAAAGGGACCCUACGCGUGCACUACAAGACUGUGCACCUGCGCGAGAUGCACAAGUGCAAAGUGGCCGGCUGCAACAUGAUGUUCUCCUCGGUGCGCAGCCGCAACCGCCACUCUCAGAACCCCAACCUCCACAAAAACAACGUGCCCUUCACCACCAUGGUAGACUAGCCCAACCCCCUGGCCCUCGUCUGGCCAACUCUACCCCCUUCCUCGACUCCCUUCUCACCCCAAACCAUGAGCUCUUACCCCCAGGAACUACACCUUACCACCCCUAGACGUCAUGCACCACAGUUCUCUUUCCCUUCGAUGAGAUCCAGUGACUAUAUACAGUAAGCGUUGACUUUUGACCUUUCCUUCUUUGGAAGAACGAGGAUGAGACACUUGAAGUGUCUUUAUUCCAAAAACUGGCCCUGCCGGUUUCCCAUAAACCCCAUUUCCUAUUUCCCAUAUGUCUUUGUUUUUGUCCAUCUCCAAAGAAUCUAUUCAAACUCUUAUUUGUGACUGUUGCCUGCAGAAAUGAUAAAAAUAUAAAUCUUCUUGUUGUAUUUGUGUAAUGAUAGCUUUUAAAGGAAACCCCAUACAAGAGCAUGACUGCUUCAUUUGUAAAUAAUAUGUCCCAAGAGGCUAUUGGUGUAAAACAAUUGUAUUUGAUGGUUGUUGGCUAUUUUUUUGGUUCUCUUUUUUGGUUUUUAUGUUACAGUACAAUACUUCCAGCGCUGAGGUAGGCAAGAAAGAGGUAGCAUCUUUACUAGCUUGACUCAUUUAUGUUAGUUUAAAAACCAUUUUUAAACUACUGAUCAUGUGACUUGCUGUAUCUACCUGUUAGAUAUGCGGAGGUUGCUGGCAUGCUUUUUCUGUGUGGCUCCUACACCAAUAUCAUUCUCUGUUCUUUUGUUUUCGUUAUCAUUUAUAGCUUUUACUAUACCAAGUCAGUUUUUCGCACUUUGCAACUAUACAAGCGGGAUGUGUAAUAUUAUUACAAGGACUUUGCAAUGGUUUUGGUUUCGGCGAUGUUCGGGGUCUGAGACGGCCACAGUGCCAGGGGGAAAUGACUUAGCAUACUUGUGGCAGGUUUAUUUUUUAUUUUUUUGCACGUGUUCAGUUUCAAAAACGCUAUUUCACAACAAAAGACCCAUAUUUCUCCUGAACGAAACCAAACAUCCGGACCCUUUACUCAAAUAAUCGUAUUCAGAAAAAGUCUAAGUAUUUCUACUCUACCAGAUACAGUAACGUGACUGACUACAAUACAGCUGCUGUUUUUCAAGGCAGAAGAUUUAAGUAUUGAGGAAUUUAGUUUGUGUUAUUUUCAUUUCAAGGAGUGUAAACCCAGUGUGUGACUGUAAUAUCACAGUACUUAGCUACAGAGGUUGAAGUAGGCUAAUCUUUCUACUGCAUGUGGUAUUUGUGACCUAAAACAAGCGUUGGUUGAGUGUCCUAUUAUUUUAUACACGUUUCCAUGCAAAAAAUGGCCAUCCUAUCAGAAGUAUUGUGAAUGUCACAUUGAUUAUAAAACAAAGAAAUAGUCCUUAAACUGUGACCAAAAGAAGCAUUGGUUUUUAAAACAUCUAGAAUUUUUCACCAUACAGUUGUACUUUAACUUACAUAAGUUGAUAUGAUGCACUUGAGUCUUAAGCCUUUUGCUAUAUUUUUUCAGUAUUGAUUUCCAUUGCUGAUUGUCAGCUUCAAAGGUGAACUCUGUGAAACUCUGUCGCCAUUGCCUGGCUGUUUUCGGAGUUAUUUGCAGCCAUUUUCCUUGUUUCCAUACACAUCUUAAGGUACAAAUGUUUCAGAUAACUAGGCAAAGUAGCCAGGGGAAGGGGUAUUUAUUGGCGGGUGAUGUCAUCUUGAUGCAGAUGUCUUGUCCAAUAUCAAUUCCUUUUUUUUUCAAGAAAAGAAAAAAAGAAA